UCUUGUAGCUGGAAGACCACCACCAUACUUGUCGCGGUGAAGACCCCUCUUCGCAAUUUUCGAUAGAGCUGCGUUUAUUCCCGUUGGUUUAGAAACCAUUGAGCACAAGCCAAUUGAAGUAUGAAAGUAUAAUAUCAACGUUUAGGCAGUGAAGGCACAAUCAUGAAACGCGCACGAAGCCCAACAGGUGCAGACGAUGCAGAGCCCUCCGCAGUCCGGCGCGCAGUGCUGUCUGCAGCCCUGCACCCUUUACCGAACGACUCGCCGGGCGCAGCAGGAGCAGCAGCAGCUAACAACGCCCCAGCGAUGUCGCUUAGCCAAGACGACGAUGUCCAGUUCUUGGGCCAAUUUGCAGCCCAGGAGGUGCGCGUUCGCGACCGCCAAGACCCCGCCAACCGCCUAAACAGAUCAGAAGGAGGAGCAGCAGCGCAGCAAGGCGCGGCGCGUCCGGCCACCCAGGCGCAGGCUGCCAAUUCCGGCCCAUCCUUCCGAAGGCACUCUGCACCAUUGCCUCGAGCCCCUGCUGCACGACCACUAGACGUUGUGGACUUGAGCGUUGAUGACGAUGACGACGAUAACGGGAAUGAAGGUAUAAUUGGAGGCCCCAGGCCAGGCGUAGCACCGCGGUUGGCCGGCGAACAUGGAGCUGCCAACGCCGGCUUGCCGUACAAUGGCUACCCAUAUCGCUCGGCUCCCCGGCAAACCCAACCUCCGCUGCAACGCCGUGAUUCUAACCAGACUGUUGGAACUCCUAUCGAUGAUGAAGACGAGGACGAGGGCGGCGAAAGCGGACCCCAAGUCAAUGGGAAUGGACAUGCUGUCCAUGGGUUGACCGCCGGGAUGCCGCAGCAGACUCAGCGCAGAACCGCGGGCGGCGCCUCCGACGGCGGUGCAAACCUUUUUGCUUACCCUGAUGAUAGCCCAGGGACGCAACGCCGUAUGUUGGAUGCUUUGCAAAGCCAACAACGGCAACAAGAUGAUUGGGAACGAACACGUCAGCAGAGCCACCAACCCCAACACAAUGGCAACGACAACGACAACGUCGCAACGCAAGCUUACCAAAGCGGUGGUAGCGGCAGUGCUCGACCCUUUUAUCACACGCCUCAAGCCGCUGGCGGCUAUACCCCACCCGGGGCGGCUGCCGCCGCCUUCCACUCGCCGUACGGCUACGCCAACCCAAUGCCGUACAAUUCCGUACCGCAGCGGCAGCAACCGGGGGCGGCGGCGGCUUGGCAAUCCGGAGCGUACGGCAGCAAUGGUGGCGCGGACGGUCCUACUCAUCACCAUCAACCGCCCUUCAACCCGUACACCAUACCGCAGCAACGGCAACAGCAACCGCCAUUCGCCAACGGUAAUCCGUACGGUAGCGGUCAACCGCAGCAACAUCAGCGGUGGAGUGCUGGCGGCGGCGGCGAGUCGUACGGCGCCGCCGCCACCAGCCACGUCAGCGAUACCUACGUUGGCGGCGGCAGUGGCGGAGGCGGAGGCGGCUAUUCGUACGGAGGCGGUGGUGGCGGCGGCGGUUAUUCGUACGGCGGCGGCGGUGGAGUCAGCCACGUCAGCGAUACGUACAUGGGUGGCGGUGGUGGCGGCGGGGGCGGAAGCGCCGCCGCCGCCAGUCGUGUUGGCGGCGGUGCUGGCGGAGGCGGACGAGGUGGUGGUGGCGGAGGGGAUGCGCCGCGGGCGAUGACGGUGAUUGAUUCGGAUGAGGUGUCUGGUCCGGAGCUGACUCCGGAGCAGGAGCGUGUGUUGCAGCUGGUUCGCAACGGCGACAACAUCUUCUUCACCGGGAAUGCGGGAACAGGCAAGACCUUUGUGCUGACCCGGGUUAUUGACGAGCUGCGGCAGCGGUAUGAGGAGGAGUUUGGGCGGCGAGUGGCGGUGUGCGCGUCCACCGGCAUUGCGGCGACACACAUCGGGGGCACCACUCUUCACUCCGCGCUGGGUUGCGGGGUUCCCACCGAGUACCGGGACUUUGACAAGAUGAUGACCCAGGAGACGCGGGAGCGCAUCCGGGGAUACGAGGUGCUCAUACUGGAUGAGGCCUCCAUGACGAGCGGGGAGUUCUGGACGGUUCUGGAGGUGCAGUUGCGGGCUGUUCGCGGCAACACCCGACCCGCGGGGGGGCUGCAGCUCAUCUUUAGCGGCGACUUUUUCCAGCUCCCCCCCAUCACCAAGCCCCCCCGCGGGUCCGACCCGCUGCCGCUGCAGCUCUUCACCAACUGGGGCUACCUCUUCCAGACCGCCAGUUGGGCCCGGUGCAGGAUGAACAUGGUGCUGCUGACUCAGGUAUUCCGGCAGGCGGACGCGCUGUUCGCCUCGCUGCUCGACGACAUCCGCUACGGGCGCAAUGCGGCGGCGGCGGUACGGCGGAUCGUGGAGGCGUGCGGCCGGCCCCUGGACUGCUCCGACGGCAUCAAGCCCACCCGCCUCUACUGCGUCAAUCGCGAUGUGGACUGCCUCAACAAGCAGGAGCUGGACCGGCUGCCCGGGGCGGAGGUGGAGCUGGCGGGGCGGGACGACGUGCAGCUGGACCCCGCGAUCCUGGAGGCGCAGCCCCCGCCCUCCAGACAGGAGCUGCACGAGGCUGAGAGCCGGCUGUGGGGCUGCGACUUUUGGCGCAGCUGCCUCGCACACCAGCGCUACUCGCUCAAGGUCAGGGCGCAGGUGAUGUUGGUUCGCAAUCUGGAUCUUAAACCCGAGGGCGGCCGGCAGCUGGUGAACGGCUCGAGGGGGGUGGUGGUGGGCUGGGCGGCCAAGGCUGACAUCAUCAACCGGCUCAAGGGUGUCGUACACGCCUCAAACGCCAACAUCCCCCUGCCGCCACCCCCUAACAACAACAACAAGGCAACAGCAGCAGCAGCCAUGCUAGGAGCAGCAGCAGCAGCCAUGCUAGGAGCCGAGAAAAACACCGACUGUAACGUUAUUGCUGCUGCUGCUGCUGGUGCUGGUGGAGGAAAUGGCGGCAGUAGCAGUCCGGCCUCGGGCGGGGACGCCAACACACUCGCAUUGGUCGCGACGGCGGGGGCGGCGCCGUUGACGGCGCUGCAGCCAGGCAUUGGCAAUGGCGGCGGUGGCGGUGGCGGCAUACCGGGCGCGGUAGCUGUGGCGGGCGGUGUGGGUCCGGGCGGUGAGCCGGUUAUGGUGGCGGGUCGGGACUACCCGGUACCCACCCUGCUGUCGAACAAGGAGCAGAUCGCCGCCAAGAUCAGCGAGCUGGAGCGGUGGCAGGGCGCCCACGUGCCGGUGGUGCAGUUCGCUAACGGGGUGGUGACGGAGGUGCUGCCGCUGCUGUUCAGUGGCAGGGUGCCGAGGUGGGGGGAGUGCACACGGCUGCAGGUUCCUCUCAAGCUGGCCUGGGCGCUCACCAUCCACAAGUGUCAGGGCAUGUCACUGGAUAGGGUGCAGGUCUCCCUGCGCAACACAUUCGCGACGGGUCAGGCCUACGUGGCGCUCUCCCGCGCCCGCUCGCUGGAGGGCCUAGAGCUGCUGGACUGGGCGGAGGACUGCGUAAAGGUGGACCCCGCGGUGGUUUCCUUUUACCGUGCAUUGCAGUCCGGCGCCACCAGCGAGCACGAGGAGGAGCAGGAGGCGGCGUGGCGGCACUUCCUGAGCCACCGCCUGGCCGGCAGGUUCCCGCCAGCCUACAUGCCGCCCAACUCGCCUCACACGCAGCAGCAGCAGGCAGCGGUACGACAGCAGCUGGGUCGGGGGAGCAGCGGAGGAGGGGCGGGAGGUGGGGCGGGAGGAGGAGGAGGAGGAGGUGGGGUGGCGAUGGAGGGGCCGUUGCCUUCGUGGCCACCACCGAGGGAUGC